AUGAAGUUUGCAGAGCAUUUAGCAGCACAUAUUACCCCAGAAUGGCGAAAACAGUACAUACAAUACGAGGAAAUGAAAUCAAUGCUCUAUUCUGGAGUGGAAAGAGCGCCUUCUCCAGAAGUUGUUGAUCAAAGUGAUAUAGCCCGCUAUUAUGCCAAUUUUGAUGAAGAUUUCUUCCACCACUGUGAAAAAGAACUGAGAAAAAUCAACACUUUUUUCUCAGAAAAAAUUGCUGAAGCAACUCGUAAGUCAGGAAACUUAAAAAGUGAGCUUCAUAAUGCUGUUAACAGUGAGGAUGGACUUGGAAAAAAAAGCAGUAAAAGACUACAUUUUAGGACUAAAGCUUUAAACCAUCAAGUAAAGAAGAAUGUGCAAUACAGAAAGAUGCACGAACUGAGACUUGCAUUUAGUGAAUUUUAUCUUAGUUUGAUUCUUCUCCAAAACUAUCAAAAUUUAAACUUUACUGGGUUCCGCAAAAUAUUAAAAAAACAUGACAAGUUAUUAUUUACAGAGGCCGGUGCUAAAUGGCGACAACAAUGGGUUGAAUUAGCUCCAUUCUAUGUCAAUAAAGAUAUUGACAAAUUAAUCCAUGACACUGAAAAUAUUGUCACUAGGCAUUUAGAGGGAGGUGAUCGUCAAAAAGCAAUGAAAAGGCUAAGAGUGCCACCUCUAAAUGAUCAGCAAUCUCCCUGGGUGACUUUUAAAGUUGGUCUUUUUUCUGGUGCCUUUGUUGUACUAGUUUGUGCAGUGAUUUUGUCAGCUAUCUUCACCAGCACGCCUUACAAUUGGCGAAUUGCUAUUCGACUCUACAGAGGCAGCCUCCUCAUAAUUUUAUUUUUGUUUCUGAUUGGAAUCAAUGUGUAUGGUUGGCGAACAUCUGGUGUAAAUCAUGUCCUCAUUUUUGAAUUAGAUCCAAGAAAUCACCUUUCUGAGCAGCAUUUGAUGGAAAUUGCUGGUAUUGCUAGUGUCAUGUGGGCUUUGAGUGUUCUUGCCUUUCUCUUCAGUGAUGCCUUGUCAAUGCCUGCAUAUGCUAAUCCUUUGAUGCUAGUUUUGCUCCUGCUUGCAUUUCUAUUAAAUCCAACCAGAACAUUACGACACCAUGCAAGAUUUUGGCUUUUAAGAGUUCUGGGUCGAAUCAUAGCUGCUCCUUUUUUUCAUGUUGGAUUUGCUGAUUUCUGGCUUGCUGAUCAACUUAAUAGUCUUGUUCCUGUUUUGGUAGAUUUUCAGUAUUUUGUUUGCUUUUAUAUCUACCAUUUUGACUGGGCAGUAAAUACAGAUUCAAAUAAAUGUGUUGAUGACAUUGGAAUGAUAUCAAGACCAAUUGUAGCUUGUCUUCCUGCUUGGUUUCGAUUUGCUCAAUGUUUGCGACGUUAUCGAGACACCAGGGAAGCAUUUCCACAUCUUGUCAAUGCAGGAAAAUAUUCCACAACAUUUUUUAAUGUUGCAUUUUCAUCCCUUUAUGUAUACACCAAAGAUGAUUAUGGUUCUACGUGGGAAAAUCCUUUCUUUUACCUUUGGCUAGUUUUUGGCGUCAUAAGCUCCAUAUACACCUACAUUUGGGAUGUGAAAAUGGAUUGGGGUUUGUUUGAUGCAAACACUGGUGAAAAUAAAUUUUUGAGAGAAGAAAUUGUAUAUUCCUCACCUAAUUUCUAUUACUUUGCCAUUGCUGAAGAUUUUUUCUUGAGAUUUGGUUGGACCAUUUCAGUAUCACUGACAGAGUUAGACAUAAUCCAUUCAGAUAUUAUGGCCACUGUAUUAGCUCCACUGGAAGUUUUUAGGAGGUUUUUUUGGAAUUUCUUUCGUCUGGAAAAUGAACACCUGAAUAACUGUGGUAAAUUUCGAGCAGUGCGAGAUAUUUCUGUUGCUCCUUUAGAUUCUAGUGAUCAGUCUCUUUUAAUACGCAUGAUGGACGAACCAGAUGGUGUUAUCAACAGAAGAAAAAAAGAGAGAAAAUAUCCAAACCGAAGGAAAAAAUCUGAUACCAGAAUUCUUGUUGAAGACAAUGAAACAGAUGAUCCAGACAUGUGA